UAUACUGACCUACCUUUGUUUGCGCACCUUUAAAAAUAACUUUGAUUCGUCCGCAUUGAAGACGACGGUCACAUUUCGAUUUCUAUGUCGUACUGACCGUAGAUACAAUUAUUAUUAAUUCUUGGUUUCUUUAGUGAUGUAGUAGUAGUUUCGGCGAUAUGUAUGUAAAGGUGGUAUUUUAGCUUACAGUGGAUUAUAGGAAAAUAUACAUAAACACAGGACACCAUGAAUUUGAUGUUCCGCAAGAAUUUUCGUGAACAGAAGUCCGUCGGAGGAGGAAAGGGUACUUUGAACAAGUCAAGCGCAAAUAGACAUAUCAAUAAAAGAAUAAAUAGAGAACAGGGGUAUACACCAAUAGAGGAACAGUAUUACAGAACCCAUCUGUUUUUUAGUCCACGAACCCGAAGUACUUAUAAUAUAAAUGAAGUCGAGGAACCUCGCUGUGGGCCAAUGACAGGUACCGUUGGUAACCCAUCGUCGUUACAGUCUAUAUCACCACCAAUGUCAGAUGCUGAUCUUCCUCAACCUUUGGUUAUUCGAAAUCCUUCGGAUCCAUUAAUGCGAUGGCCCAAUACACCUACUAAGUCAACGCCUACCCGUCAAGUAAAUUUUAAUCGAGCAAAUGAGGGUCAUGGUGAGAUAGCAAGAACGUUAUCAGAUCUUGACCGCGAUUGUUUUAUAAUACCAGUGCAUAGUUUGGAUCGAUUUCUACCAGCAGGCGUGCCUUUACCAAAAACUACCACAACAGGAGGCGAUAAUGCUGAAAAUAACAACCAAGGGGGAUUAAAUGUGCUACAAAUUCCCGAUCCAAAAUUAUGCGUCCUAUGCCAUCUAAUGAGUCCCUUGGAAGCAAUAGAUCCAAUUUUGGAAUCACCACUCGCUCAACCCAUUCUUCGACAAAGGAUGGCCGCCGCAGAGCUCAUCACGGAAAUAUCGCAGGCGAAGCCAGCCGCAACCGGUAUGCUGCUCGCGAAUAUGGAGCGAAAUGCCGAAUUUCCGUUCAUAUCGUAUUAUAUUAUAAAUAGUGCACAAACGAAUCCGGUGAUUUUUUAUAAUAAUUUACGCAGCGCUAGUUUAAAGAAAUUUGAUCCAAGAACAAUAAGAUACACUGCCGCGCACACUUUGGAUCUGUAUACAGAGGUGGCGACAAUAUGUAGACCACCAAUAAACGAUUCGUCAACUUCUUUGACAAAGAUAAACACGGCAACGACGGGAUACAUCAUUUCCGUAUAUAAAGUCUUUGAAGGGGACGAUCGAGAGAAGUUCGAACGCAACUGGUUGUACUGGACAGGAGCUAGAAUGAUCUACAGAUACCUACCCCGAGAAGCGGGCUUAAAACGAAUCGCCCUGCACAAGUCGCUGAGUCCGAAGGGAGAUAAAAUGUAUUUGUUGGUGUGUGAAUGUUCAAACUUAUUAAAGGAUGUAACAGUGUGUGCACUUUUAUUACCCGCUUUAAGAGCACGUUUAACUGGUUAUACGGGACUUUUUCGCCCAUUGCAAACGUUUUAAGAUUCACUCGUGAGAUGCACAGAUCACUAUUAAGAUUGUAUAAAUAUGUGUUUUUAGAUAACUUUACAACAAUAUAAAUGAUUCCUAUGUUGUUGAUAAGCCUUUACUAGUCGGGCCUUACAAUCGUUUCAAAGUGCAAUUAAUAGAACAAUAUUAAUAUACAGUCUUCCUUGUUAUAAAUUUUGAAACACUUUACAUAACACUAAAGUUUGUUGCAAGAUUUUUUAGACUCUUUUAGUACAUGUUGUCUUAUUUGUUGUUAUAUUCAAACACUGUGUAUGGAGUUGUCACAAAGAUUUGUUUUACCAAUUGCAUUAAUUCUGAAUAUGUAAGUAGUUUAAGAUAAAGGUUGUAUACG